GUAACUUAAGGGCUUGAGCUGUUUUUCUUUAGGGUUUUAGGGUUAAACAGAGGCUUCGUCCGCAUUGAAAAUUCUUGGUCGGAAUCCAACAGAGAGGCCAAUGACUAUUUGGGGAGUUGAAUUAGAACCAGGAGAGACAUUCACUUAUCGCUUCAACAAAGCGAACGGAAAGCUACAUAUUUCUCAGUUAACUCCAGGGAAAAUAAUAGAUGAUGAUUGUUUAGAUGAUGUAGUUGAGCUAAAAUGUGAGGUUGGAGAUGGUGAUCAGACGCCCAUCGUCUUAUGUAGGUUCUCUUACAUGAGGCAGCGUGUGUCAUCAUAUGCUCUAAAUUAUGAAUUCGGUGAGGAUGAUGGCGGGUCACCAUUUAUGUUACUGGCAAUUACAGUAUUCAUCUUUCUGGUUAUUUUCUUGGCGAAGGUGAUGGUUGUCGAGAUAAUGGUUCAAUUGAAGAGGUGAACAAUGAGAUUAUGAAGACUAAUAUCAAUAAAGAGGGACUUGAAAUUUCGGUAUCUUUGAAGAUGAAGUGAUUUUAUUUUUAUGUUUGUGUUUUUCUUUUCGGCUUAUAGGUUGCUCAUAUUUAGAGCUAGUACUGUUGUCCCUUGGUUGUUUCCUCCACCGGGCCAAGUUGUCGUAAUUUUGUGU